GGGGGGUCAGAGAGGGAUGAUAGGGAAACUUACUUUCCUUUACCUCUUGGUACCAGUUGAAACACAUUUUUUCAACAUGCUUAUUAGUUUUUGUAAAAAAAUUUAUUUAUUUAUUUUGAGAGAGAGCUGGGGAGGGGCAGAGAGAGAGAGAGACAGAGAGAGAGAGAGAGAGAGAGAGAGAGAAUCCCAAGCACGCUCCCAGCUAUCAGUGUGGAGCCCAACACGGGGCUUGAACCCAUGAACCAUGAGAUCAUGAUCCUAGCCAAAAUCAAGAAUCAGACGCUCAACCAACUGAGUCACCAAGGCACCCCUAUGUAUUUGUUUUUUGCCCUUCCCCAAAUCUUUUACCUGUUCCCACCAGCAUGUGCAUGCUCACACACAUGCGCACACACACACACUUUUCAGAACAUUCAAAUGUUCCAGGAGUCUGGCUCUGUAAUGGUGGGGUUUGGCCUAUCCUGAUCGUGUUUAAUGCUUAUUGAAUAUGUGUGUGUGACUCUUCGGGCUUAACAGUUAUCUGGUCCUUGUCAUCCAAAUUGGUGCUGAUGUGAAAAAUCUCCCUGGAUGGUGGAAACUGAGGCCUUGGCUAAGUAUACCUAAGCCCCAUAGGCUUGGUCUCUAGGUGCUAUCAGAGGUGCUAGAGCCUGGAAUGCCUUGGUCUUGAGCCUGGUUCUCUUGGCUAUUUUUAGAGGUCUGAGAAGAGAGUGAAUAGGAAGGAACUUCAAGAGUUCUGUACCUCAUUAGGAAACCCUGGUUGUAUUUAUAAACUGUUUGGUUCUAUUUCAGUUUCCAGAGGUGAGAGCCAGAAUGGAAACUCACUUGGCAUGGUAGGGUUUUGUGACUGUGCCCCUCCCUGGAAUUUCUAGAAGUACUUUUUAACCCUAGAAGAAAUUGGGGCCAUGACCAGGAUUCUUUGUGUAAAACUCCUUAAACAGGUCAAGUUUAGAAUUUUAUGGAAACAUAUGUAAUAUAUGUCUACUUUUUAUAGGAUACUAUUUAAGCUAAUUGCUACUUGCAUGAAGGCUAUAGUCAUUAGUUCGAACAUGAAGAUUAGGGUGAAUUGUCUCCCCUUGUUCAUAUAAUAACUUUUUUUAAUGUGAAAUACAAUCUGUAAUUAUGUAGAAAAUGUAAUCAUAGAAAUUAGGAUCAGAAUAUAAUACUUAUGUUUCAUUCAGUAUAUCUUAGUCUAGUGCUUCUUAAUAUUUUUGUCACUCUAGACUUAGUGAGAGAUGCCCCAUUCCCAUCAUUAAACAGUGGCUUUGUGUGGCAGUGAUUUUCUACAAGAGAUGGGGGUCUUUGAGUGUAAUCUGGGGGUGGUGGUGGGAGAGUGGGGAGGUAGAGGUAACGAUUCUGAUUUGUAGAACAUUCACGGGUGCACACACACACACUUUCCCUCUCCCUCUCUCUCAGGCAAGAAUUCACCGUCUUAGACAAACUAGUAUUGUAACUUUCAUCUCAUUCUAAGGAAAAAAAUCCUGAUGAGAGACCCUGGUUCUAUCCAGUUAGCAUGGUUUCUCUCCAUUAUCUGCUAUCUGGUUGCAAAUAAGCAUGUAUGUAACAGAUAAGCACCGACUUUAAGUGGGCAAGACAAACAACUGGUUCUAGCAAGUUGUACCUGUCAUUGCAGGGAAGGGCCCAAGUUUGACCGUGGAGGAAGGAUUGGACAGGUUGCCGGGGAAAGUGAGUGAUCCAUUCAACCAGAGCAGAGAUGUCAGCUUAUUUAUAGGAAUUACUUGAAGUCAGAGUCAUGGUGGAUGUAGGAAAGUGGCCAAUCUUCACUCUGCUCUCACCUCAAGAAAUUGCAUCUAUUCGGAAAGCAUGUGUCUUUGGCACCUCAGCCAAUGAAGCACUGUACGUUACUGACAAUGAUGAGGUCUUUGUAUUUGGACUGAACUAUAGUAACUGUCUAGGAACUGGAGAUAACCAGAGUACGCUUGUACCCAAAAAGCUGGAAGCCUUAUGUGGAAAGAAGAUUAAAAGCCUUAGUUAUGGGAGUGGACCACAUGUUCUUCUCAGCACUGAAGAUGGAGUUGUUUAUGCCUGGGGCCACAAUGGAUAUAGCCAGCUUGGGAAUGGGACGACCAACCAAGGCAUUGCUCCCAUCCAAGUCUGUACCAAUCUCUUGAUCAAGCAAGUGGUUGAAGUAGCUUGUGGCUCACAUCAUUCAAUGGCUCUGGCAGCUGAUGGAGAGGUAUUUGCUUGGGGGUAUAACAACUGUGGCCAGGUCGGAUCAGGAUCUACAACAAAUCAACCAACUCCUCGAAAAGUUACAAACUGUUUACAUAUUAAGAGGGUGGUUGGCAUUGCCUGUGGUCAGACCUCAUCCAUGGCUGUUCUGGACAAUGGGGAGGUGUAUGGCUGGGGUUACAAUGGCAAUGGUCAGCUAGGCUUGGGAAACAAUGGCAAUCAGCUGACCCCUGUGAGAGUGGCAGCUUUGCACAGCGUGUGUGUGAACCAGAUUGUCUGCGGCUAUGCACACACUCUAGCACUAACAGAUGAGGGCUUGCUCUAUGCCUGGGGAGCUAACACGUAUGGGCAGCUGGGAACUGGCAAUAAAAAUAACCUGCUAAGCCCAGCACACAUCAUGGUGGAGAAAGAAAGGGUAGUAGAGAUUGCGGCCUGCCACUCGGCCCACACGUCGGCUGCCAAGACCCAGGGCGGGCAUGUGUACAUGUGGGGCCAGUGCCGGGGCCAGUCCGUGAUCCUGCCUCACCUCACGCACUUCUCCUGCACCGACGACGUGUUCGCCUGCUUCGCCACUCCUGCUGUCUCUUGGCGCCUCCUGUCUGUAGAGCAUGAAGACUUUUUAACAGUUGCUGAAUCACUGAAGAAAGAAUUUGAUAGUCCGGAAACUGCUGAUCUGAAGUUUAGAAUUGAUGGGAAAUAUAUCCAUGUCCAUAAAGCUGUUUUGAAAAUCAGGUGUGAGCACUUUCGAUCCAUGUUCCAGUCUUACUGGAAUGAGGAUAUGAAGGAGGUGAUAGAAAUAGACCAGUUUUCUUACCCAGUGUACCGUGCCUUCCUCCAGUACCUCUACACAGACACAGUGGACCUGCCACCUGAAGAUGCCAUAGGUCUUUUGGACUUGGCCACGUCUUACUGUGAAAACCGGCUGAAAAAGCUCUGUCAGCACAUUAUCAAGCGUGGAAUUACGGUGGAGAAUGCCUUUUCAUUAUUCUCUGCUGCAGUCAGAUACGAUGCAGAGGAUUUAGAAGAAUUCUGCUUUAAGUUUUGCAUCAAUCAUUUGACAGAAGUUACACAGACUGCAGCAUUUUGGCAAAUGGAUGGCCCUCUGCUAAAGGAAUUCAUUGCUAAAGCCAGUAAAUGUGGAGCCUUUAAGAACUGAAGCCCCAGGCUGCUGGGUUUUGUGAAUGCUCUGGGGCACUGGCCAUGGUGGCUGCUUUGUGCUCUACGGGUGAUGUAAUUUUGCAGGUAAAGAACCCGUCAGCUUGUUUGUUUUUCACAUCUUGAGACACCAUUCUCCGUGUAGGAAUGUAUGAAGGAUGUACAGCUUUUCCUGAACCCGUUCUAAACAAGUCUUGUUUCCAGAUAUGUGCAUUUUAAAUGUGACCUUAAUUUGGCUAGAACAUUGUAAAGGGGUGAAAGUUUAGCUGGUCGUUUGUGUUUUGUUUUGUUUUGUUUUGUUUUGUUUUGUUUUUGAUUAGAGGAACUGCUGAACUUGGAAAGGAGAAGUUUGCGGUAAUUCUCCUGGCUCACAUAGUAACAACCCUUUCGACCCCAGGACCUGGGAUGGUUUGUGGACUGUGAGAUAGACAUAAGAGGCCCCACCUUGAAUUAAAGAUGCUGACUUUGGGGCUUGUUGAAAUGCUGCAUCAGUUGCUAGUUCACUAGCCGUACUGUGAAGGAGUAGUGAAGAUAGUUUGAGGUUUUUGUGUGUGUUUGUACUACUGAGGACCUUUUUUAACUUCAUCGCGUAUCAAAAAACAAUAUUCAGUUUAAUAUGAGUUAAACCUAUUACGAUGAUUAUGCAAAGAUAAACUUGUAGGCUAGCCAAGGUUUCUCUUAAGAAUUAAGUCCAUAAAGAGUAGUAAUUUAGGACUACCUGUAAAAAGUUGAUAUUGAAAGAAACUUUGGACAGAGGUCAAUAUAGAGUAUCCACUACUCUCCAACAGUGUUUUGUUUUAUUAAGAUACAGUCUAAGAGCUGAAGUUUAAAUUUGAUUCCCCACCGUUUCCCCCAUAAACGCUAAUCAUGAGAAGAAAGUAAUGGCAUAUUCAGCAUACUCUUGCCUUCCUAAAUUAUGGCUGCUAGACGAUCAGAUCCACUACAUCUGACUCACAAGGUGUUCUUAAAACCAGCUUUCUGGCAGGACUUCAUAGAAUUUCUCUCUUUUAUCUAUAGGCCAAGUGUCACACCUUUGCUUGUUUGCAACUUCAGCUUUCGUUUUUUAUUUCCUCGUCUUUUGAUUGUGUUAGGUAUAAUAUUUAGCACAAUAUAACUUUGAAAAAGGAUCAAAAUUAUGAUUUCCCUGAAAAGAUCCUUUUAAAUAGGGUCCUUUUAAGUUCAAGUUGUUGUUUUUUUUUUUUUUUCCCCGUUUCUUUUUUGGUCUGGUUAUGAACAUGACUUUUGGAGGAAGAGUGUUCAACUCUGAGUUUUAUCGUGUGUGUCUGUUGAGCUUGCUGUAAGAACAAAUCUUUGUUCUCUCUGGCUCACAGACUCAUUUCCAUUUGUGGGCAUUCCCUUAGUGAACGGUUUCCUGUUUGGAAGGUCCCUCAUCUGAACUUGGAGGCCAAAUACAUUUUCAGAGUCAAAUUAACAAGAGAGUGAAGAUAUGCUGCAGCUACUAUUUUUAGCAGUGUUUCUAAGUGUGUCUGAGGGUUUGGGUGGGAGUGAGGGCCCAAAGAUAGGAAUUCAUUGAUAAGUGAGAUAAAUUCAAACCUAGAAGUCCCAGCUCCCUUUUCUUGACCAUGUUGCAAGUGAUUGAAGCCCAGUCAGUUAUUAUUUAGGAUUAGUUCUGCAACAUGAUAGAAUUUUUCUUACUAGGUUGAUGAAUGCACAUUAAUUUGAUUAUUAGCUAUGAUGGGUAGUGUUCAUAACAAUCACUGUUCUAUAGGCUUAUGAUCUGGACAAAACAAGAACUGCGGUAUGUUUACUAUUGCUCUUACUUGAAAAAAACUUAAAGCACAAAUUAAAGUAGUAGAUCCAUUUCCAUAGAUUGUUCAUUCAUUCAACAAAUAUUUACUGAGGUUCCUUAUAUAGGUAAAGAACCACUUCUCAGAUUACCGAGUAAUUUGUAUGAGUGUGUAUGUAGUGAAGAAAAUGGAAAUAUGUUCUUUGAGAAGUACUUGAGUAUCUUUUUUUUUUUUUUUUUAAUACACUCUUAUUUUUCUACUUGGUUUCAUUGUUAAUCAUAGCAGGAAAUGAAAACUGUUCUUUGAGUUGUUUUUUUCAUCUGAUGUGAUAAUGAAAGCCAAAGUAUUCAUAUUUCUUAAGAUAACCCUAAAUGUACUCUUGAACUUCUUACUGGAAUAAUAUUUGAUACUCUAGUAUAUAGGCUGUAUUUAUGUAAUGUUUAGAAUGACAUAUUAAUAAAUAAUGUCAAGACAUACAUGCAGAGUUGUUUUUCCCUCUCAAAAAUCGGUAAUGUGCAGCCUUAAAACGGAAGGAAGUUCUUCUAACACAUGCUGCAACCUGGAUGAACCCCAAGGACAUUAUGCUGGGUAAAAUAUGCCAGUCACAGAAGGACAAAUACUGCAUGAUCCCACCCACACAAGGUAACUAACAUAAUCAAAUUCACAGAGACAGAAAGCAGAAUGCUAGUUGCCAGAGGUUGGAGGUGGGAGAGAGGACUUAGGAGCUAAUGUUUAAUGGAUACAGUUUCAGUUUUGCAAAAUAUAAAGAAUUAUGGAGGGGCGCCUGGGUGGCUCAGUCGGUUGAGCGGCCGACUUCGGCUCAGGUCAUGAUCUCACGGUCCGUGGGUUCGAGCCCCACGUCGGGCCCUGUGCUGACAGCUCAGAGCCUGGAGCCUGUUUCGGAUUCUGUGUCUCCCUCUCUCUGACCCCCAUUCAUGCUCUGUCUCUCUCUGUCUCAAAAAUAAAUAAACGUUUAAAAAAAAAAAAAAAGAAUUAUGGAGAUGGAU